AUGGCUUCCUCUCAUGGUAGCGAAACGCCCCCCAGCCCUGUCAACGAUGACGAUGCAGAGCAGGAGUUCAACUGGGCUGCGGUCAUCCCGCCCCCCAGUGCCCAACACGCAGUCUCCGAAGCCCUCACGGCCACACUCCUAGACGUAAUCCCGUCCAUCGCGCAAAAUGCUGUGAUGGCUUCAUUCGAGGCGACUUCGCUGUGGGCAUCUCAGGAUGUCGUCCGUCCCAUUCUUCAUGCAAGUCUGCAGGCAGCACUUACUACCGCCGUCGGUGAGCACGUCAGGCUUGCACUAGAGCGAUCAGCACCAGCAUUUGCCGCCGCCCUCGCGCCUUCUCAAGGGCGCCCGCAGCAGACUGGAGAGCAACCCUCAAAUGAGGUUGCCAGAACUCCGGCAGCCAGGGACUGCGUCUGUCCCGAAUGCGACAAGCAGAUGAGCCGCGGCUCGUGGUUCGAUCACAUCCGACAAUGCCACAUCGGCCCCAGAUGCCUGUGGCGCGGAUGCGCAGCACAGCACGAAGAUAUGGACGACGGUGUCCUGCGACGACACCUGCGACGUCACCGCACUGAGCAACUGGCGGCUCACCCACCCCAAGAGGACGACGGGCGGCAUUACUGUGGAUGGCCCACGUGUACUAAGUCAUACGGCAGCAAGGACAGGGCGGAGCGCCAUCUCUUUGAACACCAGGUCACUAUCCGACGUGAUGGCGACCCGGCGCUCAAUGCCAAGUACAACGCCAACGAGGAAGCGAAGGGUCUCGUAAAGGGAGAUGGGGUCACACUUGGGGAACAGGAAGGAGAAGACGACAACGAGUCGUGA